AGAUGGACAUGUAAAAUGGUCGUUGUUCCAGUCGCGGUGGUGGUGACAUUUUUCAUCUGCUGGGCGCCGUUCCACGCCCAAAGGCUGAUGGCUAUCUACGUAAAGAACAGCAGAGAUAAGACGAUACAAAUAGUCUAUACGAUCCUCAUGUACGUGUCGGGGGUGUUUUAUUUCCUGUCCACGACGGUGAACCCGUUGCUCUACAACAUCAUGUCCAACAAAUUUCGAGAGGCUUUCAAGCGAAUUGAAGUCCACUUUCAGUCGAUGCUGUCGAAUCACUGCGGCCGAAAAUCUGUCCCGCGGCAGCCGACGUACAGCAGCCUGUCCCGUUGCCCGCGCUCUACGUUUAGGCAGACGGACGAUCGUCAGAAUUCGCCGUCGAUCUCCGUCAGCGACGACAACCAAAAGCUUUGCCUUACGCGAACUACGAACGUGUCCGAGCUGAACGGCUGCAUGGAACGGAACGGUCACGAACGGUUAUCCGGCUCGAGGGUCAACAGGGGCAGUCGCGAGUACGGCAGAAGCGCGUCGAGGGGAUCGAACUCCAGUCAAUUAACCACGAUGACGACGAUUAGCAGGGGUUUCAACGAGGGUAACAACAACGUCGCCGUCGGUCACGUUAACGAGUGUCUGUUGAAGAUCCGAAGGCCACCGAGAGCUGUUACUCUUGGGUUACUGGCUGAAAGACUGAGACAGGGAACCAAAGGGCUGUUCUCCAGCCAGCAGAAGAACGCGGAAACGAAACCGGAGGUACUGCCGCCUUUUCAAAGCCAUCCGAGCAUCGAGAGCGCCAACACGAUCAGCAACUCAAGUUUGCAGGACUACGACGAGACGGAAUUCACCGGCACUGAACUGGCUCGAUACAUGGGCGAACUGAACAACGAACUGAUCACUUAACAUUCGGUUUAUCAAGAACGUAACCGUUACUCCGUUUUGGUGCGAAUACUCUAUCUCGUUCAAUACCGAUUGUUAGAGAAUCUCGAGAGGCUUAGAAUUUGAAUUAGUAAACGAUCCAGAAUGUUUGUAUAUUUAUAAACAGAACGAACGACUCUAAAAUUAGAGAAGUGAAACUGUUACCAUAACGUAAAUGUUUAAAACUGGAAACUAAAGAACGUAUUGUAAAUAAUAUCAUUCGCAGCUCCUCGACUAGCACUAUUCGACUCCUCAUCGCGCAGCUGUACUUAUUUAACAACCGAGCAUUAAAGAAAUCAUUUCACGCGUCGAUGUUAGUAAAAUUGUAAGCGAGCUGACUAAAAAUACCAUCUACGUUUCGUGUAUUAUUGUAUGUACUUCAUGUUAACAUCGCAACACACUCGCAUUCAAACGUUUCACAAAUGAAAGUGAUAGAAGAAUUUCUCCGAUAAGUGUUAAAUGUUAUUUAUUUUUGUACGUGCAUCGUGUACAAUCGUAUUCGAAUUCUUUACUCCAGAGUAGACAGACGUCAGAUACAAAAAUACAUAAAAAUGUAUAAUUUUAGUGUAACAGAGUCUCAUGAAACAUGUGCGAGCAAAUUGUAUUAAAAUAAAGUGAAUUUCGAUUAGUCACGUUA